AGCUCGUAACGGCUGACCUAAUAGUAGCUUGCAGGCGUCCGCAAACCAGCGACAUUGACGCUUCACUUCUUUCGCAACGCGCGAAGGACCAUGGCCUCGCAUGUGCUGGGGUCACCCGACCUUGUCGCUGCCAUAAUCACGUACCAAGAUGGUCUGCCCAAAGCUUUAAUGGAUGUCCAGCGCCUCGCGGACGCCGUCGAGCUCACGCCUUGCGUGUCAUUGUCCUUUGUUGACGCUACAGGAUACCUUGCCAACGUUCCGGCGCGGUUCGCGUCCUUGCCAUACCUCCAGAGGUACCCGCACCCGAGCACGAAGCUGCCGCACCACGCACUCUUUGUGUCGCCGCUCGUGUACGACCGGGCGCUCGGUCUCCAUUUCCUUGUCGCCGAAGGCAACGCCGCGCUUGUCAUGCGCUGGCUGCGAUCGGAUCCCUCGCUGUGUACGUCGGCAACACUGGAGCUUGCCGCGGCCGCGUCCCAGGGUCCGCUUUUGCGUCUCCUGUAUGCGCAGUUUCCGACGCUUGCCACGCCCAAGAUGAUGGACCUUGUGGCCAUGUCGGGCGACCUCCCGCUCCUCACUUGGCUGCACGAAGCGGGCGCAACGUGCACGUCGUCUGCGAUGGACGGCGCGGCCAUGAACGGUCACUACGAGGUCGUACUGUUUUUGCACGCGCACCGCACCGAGGGCGGCUCGCUCGCCGCGGCGACCGCGGCUGUUGUGCAUGGCCAUGCGCACAUCGUGCGGUAUCUCCUCACAGCGCGCACUGAAGGGAUCGAUCCGUUGCUCGAGUUUGAGGCGCCGCAUCGCAACCACUUGACGUUUCGCGUCGAGGGUUCAAUGCACGUCGAGGCCAUUGAUAUUGCCGCAGAGAGAGGUGCUCCGUUGACGAUGGCGGCGUUCGUCACCAUUGUGGACAAGGUGGGUCUUGUGGCACUGGAGCAUUUUCAGGCGCGCGGGCUCGUACUGCACACGCCGCAUGCACGCACCCCGCGACACCCGCCCCGCCGGAGUCGGCGCCCCGACGACCGUCCUCGUUGGGGCGGCCGGUGGGACGACUCGAACGUGAUGGAGCUCGCGGCGUUCAAUGGCGACGUGCUGUCGCUUGAGCUCUUGCACGAGAGCCGGCUCCGCGUCGGGUCGGAGCGCGCGAUCGUCUACGCGGCGCACCGCGGGCACAUGCACGUGCUUCAUUGGCUGCACGCGCACCGCCGGGAUGGCUGCGGCAAAGACGCCAUGGCCCUUGCCGCUGUUGCCGGGCAUCUGGACGUUGUGGGCUGGCUCCACGAGGUCUACGGUCGAUGCCGGACGCAUGGCGCACUAGCAACGGCCGCAUACAUUGGUCAUACCGCCAUGGUGAGGUACCUACUGGAUGUUCCCACGGGCGACGUUGAUGACUCGACCGGGUCGGUCGACGAGCCUUCUCGGACCAGAGCGGCGCUACCACGGAUUGAUGGCCGCGGGAACGCGUCCGUGGGCUAUGUCACGGGGCCAGCGGCGCACUGGGCCGCCAGUCAAGGCCACCUCGAGAUCCUCGAGCUCCUUGUCGCUCGCGGCCACAUUGUGCCGCCCCAUGCGAUCGACGACGCCGUGGCCAACGGUCACGUGCAUGUGGUGCGCUACCUCCACGAACGGUUCGGCUCCACCUGCAAGCACCGCCCGAUCUUGGAUGCUGUUUUACACCUCCGCGUCGACACGGUCACGUAUGUGCUCUUGAGCCGUUGCUGGUCACCCGACGCCUUUGCGUCCGCCCAUAAGGAUGACGCCGACGGCAUUCACUUGCACAUGUUGCUCGCUGUGACGGCUCGAAGCGGUCGCGUCGACCUCUUGCAGCUCGUGUAUGAUGCAUUCGCCGACGAUUUGCGCACGCCUCUGCCGACGCGCGUGUCGGAGCGUAUGAUGAUCCGCGCGGCGUCGCACGGACAUCUGGACAUGCUUCGGCAUCUGCACCAUGUCCACGGCUUUGGAUGGACGUCGGUCGUCGAGGAGGCUGCGCUGCGCCAUGGCCGCAAGAAGGUUGGGCCGUAUUUGCGAUCGCUUGGGCCCGCGGUCGCGACCGUGUACGACGUCAACGCAUCUCAUUUGUGGCACCAAGACAUGGACGCCAGGAUGACCAUGGUCUUGAUCGACGGCCAUUGGCGUAUCAAGCCCAUGUAGUCGCAUGGGUUAGACGCACCAUGGACG